AUGCUCCGGUACACGUCCCUCAGUGACUUGGGCACCCUCGCCAUUUCUCACCGCGACGAGGUCGAUAGGGUGAAGGAGCAGCUCAACAUCAAACAUGGCUACUUCGAUGCGUGGAUUUACAGCUUCCUCGCGAACAAAAAGUUCAGCGUUGAUGAGACGGUCGCAAAGCUGCACCGGCGCUUCGCGAUGGAGGCGAAUGAGCUCGCCUCGUACGAGCUGACGGACUACAUGCGCGAGUCGCUGCGCCAGGGCAUUAUGUUUGAAAUUGGCAAAGACAAGGCGGGGCGUGUAGCUUUUUACAUCAAUACAAGGCGCGACCGCCCGCAGGCCAAGUACCGCGACGAGAAGCGCCGCUCCUUCGACAUGAUCAUUAGCUACGGCACACGCCUACGCAAGGAGAACAAGCGCUGCCAGAUGGUGAUGCUCAUCAACCAGGACGGCGCUAGCCUCUUGCAAAACGUUGACAUGACUUUCCAAGCCGACAUCGCGUUGCGCAUCUCAAAGUUCUACCCUGGUGUGGUGGAUAAGAUGUACAUCUGCAAGAUGAGUCGUACGCUCGCCAUCAUGGCAAAGCCGAUCUUCAAGCACCUUCCCGCCAUCGUGGCCGACCGAAUUCAGAUCAUCGAUGACACCGACAUCAAGCAAGGCGCGCUGCUGGAUCUCUUCGAUGCGGAGGUGCUGCCAGUCGAGCUGGGCGGUCAGAACAAGUGUGACGAGGAGGGGCUCUGGAGCGCGUAUGCGGAUCGGGUGGAGAAGUACUACGCGGAACUGAAGCGGGCCGUCAACGAGCGUGGACUGACCGUCAAGGAUUACGAGCUGGAGAGCAUUGGCAUCGACUCUGGAACGGUACACGAGGAAGGGGCCACCAGCGGCGCCGCAAAGACGUCGCAGGCUGACGCACUCGUGCAGUCGGUUUCCUCGCUCUCCGCAGAGCCGAUGAGAUCCUCGUGGGUCUCGUCGCAGUACAUGGACGACGCGAACCAGAGUGCUCACCCAGACCUGAAGCCGCUGAUGACGUGUCUCACGGAGAGGUCGUCGCUGCUGUCGCCAGAGUACGACGGCACUGGGAAAGAAGAGACCGGUGCCGGGGCGACGAUGCCGUGGGCGGAAGUGGUGGCGCCGCUUCCACGCAGCCUUGCGCUUUUCUUCCUCGACGAGCUGCUGCGCUGGCGCACGACUGUCGAAAGCAGCGAAUGCGGCGAGCGCUACAAAAUCCUGGACAACUUCGCCUCCGGUCUCAAGACGACCACCGAGCUCGGCAUUCGCGGGUUGGAUGUGUCGGAUCGGAAGUGGUACGUCGGUGUCCCGUACCCUUUGCGCGCCCUCUACCGCCUCCUCCUGGUGGGCAUCACGCUGAUCAACAUGAUAUACUUCGCCGCCGCCCUUGUCUUCUGCGCUGUCUUCUGCGCCAGCAUCAUUAUUACGCUCUUCUUUGGCUUCUUUGCGAAUCCCUUCUACGUCUUCCCACUGGGCACCGUGCUGCUCAUGGUGGCCAUCCAAGGCGCCUCCCUCUGCACGCGUGCGGCGGACUGCCUCCUUGCGGUGUACAACAGCAACAUCAUCCCUCUCUUCGAGCAUCUCGGGAGUUACUGGGGCACUGUGGCGGAGGUCAUCCUAUUCUUUGUGCUUGUCAUCACCCAGUUCAUUAUCUUCUUUGUAUACGCGGUGCACAGCAACCCGCUGCGCGGCCUCGAAGUCUCUUUUGCGACCGGCUGGCUCAGCGCGCUGUUGGUGACCGCCUUCACGCACAUUUUCUUCUUCACCGGCGUCUUCGCUUCCCCCACGACGCGUGACAGGGACAACCGACUUGCCGCGCUUCCCUUUUUGUUGGCCCUCAAUUUCGGCAACGCUUCCAAAGACCAGCUGAAGGAGCUCGACGCGCGCUUCAUGCUGCGGACCUCCGCCUACGUCAUCUGCGGUAUCCCGCUGGUCAUCAGUCUGCUGCUCGGAAUCAGCUUUCUGCUCAGUCACAUUGUCUUUCUCUAUGUCGCGACCUUUACAGCGACUCUCGUGGCGGCGUACGUGGUGCACUACUACUCUGACGCCCUGUCGAACUCGCUAAGCGGGUCGCUGCUGCGCCUCACCCUGUGGAUGAUGACACUUGUCUGGUGCUACGUGACCUUUGCCCUGGGCUUCCAGAGCCACAACCACCGCUAUGGGACCUCGGCGAUUGUCGCGUCGGUACUGAACGGCGCCUUCCUUUCGUUGGCGAUCUCGUGCCUGCGACGUCCGGGCCGAAGUUGGCUGCUGCGUGUUUCCUACAUCAUCGUGAUGACCUACAUCGUCGGAUGCUGGAUUAUGGUGUUUCCUCUUGUCGGCUGGCACAUGGGGCUGUUCUGCCUCGCCAUUAUGAUUCACAACGUGCUGAACAUUAUCUUCGCCCCCCGCACCCUCGCCAACAUCCACGCGUCCUUCUUUCUCGUCGCCGCGGUGAUGCUGCUCGGAGUGUCGUGCGUGCUGCUCGGGUGGUACGGAACGUCACUGAUGACCACGAAACCGCAGAGUCUUGCCCGCGGCCCGCCCUGUGCCACGGCACUGUCACAGCUGGAGCUUUAUCACCGCUAUCCAGUGUGCACGCUGCAGCUGGGCCAGGACAACUCGUUCCGCGUCGUCGACAUUGCCCUGCUGAAGGAGCUUGUCGGCGCCCGCACAAACGCGACGCGCACCGUUGACUUCAACAACUGGUUCGGCACUCGCGGCAUCACCUACAACGGCGUCGUGAAGGAGUUUGAGGCGGAUGGCAUGCCGUGGGAGAUGCACGAGUUCCUGCUGCCGGCCACCGCGAACACGACCCUCCUUGUACUGAACAACCGCUACGCCAUGUCUUCCAUCGUGGCCAUGGUAGGCUGGGUCGACGCUAUCGCCCUGUCCCCGCUCUCUAUCUUCAUGCCGUAUGACUGGAUCGAUGUCAUGGUGCACAUCAUGUCCUUCGCUACCCGCCUGAUCCCGUUCGCGGCACGGAACCUCGCGACGGACCUCAGGGAUUUCGUGCACUACAAGAAGGACCUGCUUCAAACCAAAAUCAUCCUCACGGGCGGCGGCGUGGCGGGCGGCUUCCUCUCGGCGGCAGCGGUGCAGGCAAAGACGCAGGCCAUUGUGUUUGCCUCCCCUGGUCUUCUGCACUGCUCUCGCAAGCUCGGAGUGUCCUUCGAGGGGUACCACAGGUACGUCCUUUCCAUCGGUGCCUACUACGGGGUGCUGAACUAUAUCGGCGGUCAGGACUCCACCGUGAGCCAGCGUGUGCUGUGCGAUGGCUCCGCCCUCUACUGCAUUCGACCGCAGUUCUUCUCGAGGGCAUUGCUGGCGGCUUGUGGUGACGUGGAGGGUCGCAGGCACGUCGCUUCCACAUGA